CUUUAGCAUUCUGAUUUGUUUAAGCUCUUUGCAGCUUUGAAUGAUCUGACUGAAAGAGAAAGAUUGUUGCCGACCAAGAUAGGAAAGAGGGGGGAGCGAACUGAACAAAAGGUGUGGAGUUAAGCAGAGAGCAAGGUUAGAGGUAAAGAACAAGCAGAGAAAGACAGACACUUCAUGACAGGUGUAGCCUCGGGGGACAAAGUUCUAAAUUACUUCUUGUGCGCCCGAACAACACAGCUUCCGUUGUCUGCCAGAGCUUGAAUGAAUAGCUCUCAAGCCUGCCCCCUGCAAUUAACUCUCACCAGCCUGACAACCACAGACCUGCACACUUGGGUUUGAAAACACAGUAAGUGCUUAAUGCCGAGAAUGUCUCAGCUGCUGCGGUUGCGAAGAUCUAGGUCUCUCUCAGAUGGUUCUGAGGAGGAUGACAGGCGCCAGGCAGAUCCCGAGCCAGAAGACCUGGAUUGGGAUAACUUUAGUAUGACCCUGGAGGAGCGACUGGCAGCUGAGCAAGAGAACCUGCUAGAGACGGAGCAGAGGUGCACACAGCUGGUGAAGGUAAAGAGGGAGCUGGAGUCCCAGGUGGCUGCACUGAACGAUCGUCUGGAGGAGGAGGAGAGCUGCACUGCUGAGCUGGCUGUGCACAAACAAAGGCUGGAGUCGGAAUGCAGUAGCCUGAAGAAGGACAUUGAGGAACUGGAGUCCACUCUGAUAGCCGUGGAAAAAGAGAAGCAGUCCUCAGAAAUAAAUGUUCGGACAUUGUCAGAAGAGCUGUCUCAGUGUGAUGAAAAUGUCCUAAAACUGCAAAAAGAAAAAGAGCACCUGGUUGAGCUCAGUCAGGAAAGUCCCAUGUUGGAAAUUGAUAAGAGAAUUCAUUGUGAAGUUAACAUUCAGCAGGCUUUUGAGGACUUACAGUCAGAGGAAGAGAAAGUCAACCUGCUAACCAAAGAAAAAGCUAAACUGCAGGUGCAAACAGAGGAUCUGGAGUAUCUUCUUGAGCAAGAAAGGAGGCACAGAAGUGAACUGGAGAAAGCCAAAAGGAAACUGGAAGGAGACAGCAAGAUGACUAUUGAAAACCUGAAUGAGAUGGAGAAGCUUAAGACAGACCUGGAGGAGGUAAUCAAGAAGAAAGAUUUGGAGAUAAAUGCCACAAACAACAAGCUGGAGGAGGAGGAGGCCUUAAAUGUGAAUCUACAGAAGAUAAAUAAGGAGCUGCAGGUGCGCAUAGAGGAGUUAGAGGAAGAGCUAGACGCUGAAAAGGCCAUAAGAGCAAAGGUGGAGAAACAGCGCUCUGAUCUGACCAGGGAGCUUGAUGACCUGACAGACAGAUUGGAGGAGGCUGGAGGAGCCACUGCUUCCCAGAUGGACAUGAAUAAGAAGCGAGAGGCUGAGUUGCUGCGCCUUCGGAGGGAGCUGGAGGAGACAUCUCUGCAAUCAGAAACCAUGGCCUCAUCCCUGCGCAAGAAGCAUGCAGACAUGGUAGUGGACAUGACUGAGCAGUACGAGAGCCUGCAGAGAGUCCGUGCCAAGCUAGAGAAAGACAAGCAGAACAUGAAGCUGGAAAUUGAAGACCUGACUGCCACUGUGGAAAACAUGCAGAAAGCCAAGGCUUCCUGUGAUAUUCAAAUACGAAAACUGGAAGAUUUUUUCACAGAAGCAAGCUCUAGGAAUGAGGAAUUACAGAAGGCUUUGACAGAGCUGAAUGUAGCCAAAUCCCGGAUAAUAGCUGAGAACAAUGAUCUUAGCCGACAGCUGGAAGAAACAGAAAACAGAGCGAGUCAGACCAACAGGACAAAGGUGCUGUUGGCUUCUCAGUGUGAAGAUCUCAAGAAGCAACUUGAAGAAGAGUCCAAGGCCAAGAAUUCCCUCAGCAGCAGUCUGUCCAGCCUGAAGCAUGACUUUGAGAUGCUGAAAGAGCAACUGGAGGAAGAGCAGGAGAGCAAGCUGGACCUCCAGAGACUGAUGUCCAAGCUCAACAGUGAGGUCACCCACUGGAGAACACGUUAUGAAGCUGAUGCCAUCCAGCGCACAGAUGAACUGGAGGAUGCAAAGAAAAAGCUAUCCUCAAGGUUACAAGAGGCAGAAGAAGCAGUGGAGGCCACUCAGGCCAAAUGCUCGAGCAUGGAAAAGACCAAACAGAGAUUACAAGGGGAAGUUGAGGACCUUAGCAUUGACUUAGAAAAGGCUAAUGCUACUGCAGCAGCUCUGGACAAGAAGCAGCGUGUGCUGGAGAAGCAGUUGUCAGACUGGCGUCAGAAAUGUGAGGAUAUCCUGGCAGAGCUGGACAGCUGUCAGAAGGAGUGUCGCCAACAUGCCACAGAACUCUUCAAACUGAAGACGUCCUAUGAGGAGGCUAUUGAGCAAAUAGAAGCUUUGAAAAGGGAAAACAAAGCCUUUCAAGAAGAGAUAGCUGAUCUAACGGAUCAGCUCGGCGAGGGAGGAAAAAGUGUUCAUGAGCUCCAAAAAUCGAAAAAAAAGCUGGAAAUGGAGAAAGAAGAAUUGCAGGCUUCACUGGAGGAGUCUGAGGCUGCUCUGGAGGCUGAAGAAACCAAGGUAAUGCGUCUGCAGCUGGAACUGACACAGGCAAAGGCAGACGUAGAUCGGAGACUCCAAGAAAAAGAGGAAGAGUUUGAAGGAACUAGAAAGAGCCACCAAAGAGCAUUGGAGUCCCUGCAGGCUAGCUUGGACACUGAGGUAAAAGGACGCACAGAGGCAGUGCGCAUGAAGAAGAAACUGGAAGGGGAUGUCAAUGAGCUGGAGAUCCAACUGGACCUGGUAACCAAGAACAAUGCAGAGCUGCUGAAGACCACUAAGAAAAUGCAGCAGCAGAUAAAGGACAUGCAGGCACAGAUAGAGGAAGACUCCAGGCAUCACGAGGAGCUUAGGGAGCAGCACAACCUGAUGGAGCGCCGCUGUAACCUUCUUGCCACUGAGGCUGAAGAAUCCCGCACCAGCCUGGAUGCCACAGAACGAGCCCGCAAAACCCUGGAGCAGGAACUAAUUGAAAUGACUGAGAAAUACAAUGAAAUUAACAGUCAGUUCCAGUCAGUGACCUGUCUGAAACGAAAGCUGGAAGCUGACCUGCAGCAGUUUACCACAGAGCAUGAAGAAUUAUACAGUGAGAUCAGAACCGCAGAUGAAAAAGCUAAAAAGGCCACAUGUGAGGCUGCCAGAGUGGCAGAGGAGUUGCGCCAUGAGCAGGAACACACUUUGCACCUGGAGAGAGUGAAAAAGGGCCUGGAGGCUCAGAUCAAGGACAUGACUGCCCGACUCGACGAGGCUGAGCAGCUGGCAUUGAAGGGUGGCAAGAAAAUCAUACAGAAACUAGAAGCAAGAGUGAAGGAGUUAGAGAUGGAGCUGGACUCUGAGCAGAAGCGGCAUGCUGAGACUGUGAAGACGCUGCGCAAGAAUGAGCGGCGCUUAAAGGAACUGGUGUUUCAGUCCGAGGAAGACCAGAAGAACCAGCAGAGGAUGCAGGAACUGGUAGAGAGGCUCCAGAACAAGAUGAAGGCCUACAAGAGACAAGUAGAGGAAGCGGAGGAACAAGCCAAUAUGAAUUUGGCCAAGUACAGGAAGACAGUCCACGAACUAGACGAUGCUGAGGAGAGAGCAGAUAUUGCAGAGGCAGCCCUUACAAAGAUCAGGACCAAAAACCGGGCAAGCUUUGGCAAAGGAUACUCUUCAGGUUACAGCACACCUUUCACAGCUCUUGUCAGGUCUCCAAGCUCAGCAGGCUCAGAGGGUCGGGCAGAGAAGAUCAUAAAUGAUGACGACACUGCAUCACUCAUCCCUGCCUAUCUCAACUCCCUGAAAAAGCUCAUGAUUGAGUAGUGGCAGAUAUGUUGUUAAAGUAGAGUAGGAUGUUAAAAUGAUCAAUGGAGUUCAAAAGCAGUAGUUCAGGGGAGAAGACAACACCCAAUUAAUAAUGUAAACUUAAUUUCCUGACCCUGUAUAAACACAUUAAUCUUUUCACUUCAGAAUGUGUUGCUUUGUAUUCUUUUCCCUCCCAUACCCCAGCCUUCCUCCAGCUUGGGGGUUUUGAUUUUGAAUGUUACUUUAAAAGCCAGGAUGUUGCCCCUCAUCUCAGAAGAUUCACACCAAAGAAUGCUCUAAUCUGCUUGCAUCCCAGUGCUGAAAAAUUAAGAGGUGGGGUGUUGUCUUUGUCUUCUGAAACCUGUUACAAACCAAGUAGCAAGAACUAUCUGACUAAAAACCAAAACCCUUACAUUUCCAUUUAUAUUUGAUUAAACAACUAUUUUGUUCUUUGUGUCCUU